AAAGUUCGUUCGCCUUGAUUUUUUUUUUAUAUUCUUAAUGAACACAUAAAACCACACAUUAUGAAAAAAAAAAAAACUCUAAAAAUCACUUGGGCGCUAAACUAGAUUUAUGCCGAAUAUGUAUUCAUGGAAUAAAAAAAGGCACUUUGGGAAAUCUAGUUAGUAAGCGUUUUCGAUAACGUGAGAUAAGACAACGUGGCUUAUCCAUUCUUCAAUAUCUAUGUAAGUAUGAGAUAUACCUUAAGAUAGUCCGUAGUUAGCGCUAAAAUAAUUUUUUUCUUCUAAGAAGCAAUUUUGCCACAUGGUCAAAUCCUAUCAUUCUAUGUUCAGUCACCUAUUAUCUUAUCUAACAUUCAAGUAUGAAAUUAAAAGUGAACACGAAGUAAAAAAUAAAAAUAAUUGUCUACAGAUUUGAUUUGUUUUAAAUUAUGCAACGAUAUUUUAUAAGCUUUAGAAAAUAUUACUUAUGUAUUUUUAAUGCUUUACAAUUAUUUAAAAUAUACUAUAUAAACUUGACUUUAGUUCAGUAUUUCAAAAAAAGUAUGGUUCCAUUUAGAUAGUACUUAAGAGAUUAUCGAGAUAUUUCAGUUAUGGUUGUUGCAUCUAAGGAAGUUGCUACUGUGGCUUUUUUGUGCUGCAUAUGGUAUGUAGUUAGUUCUGGUAGUAAUGUCGUUGGUAAGACCCUACUAAAUCAAUUUCCGUAUCCAAUGACAGUGACUAUGGUACAGCUUUUGUCCAUAGCCAUUUAUUCAGGACCAUUUUUUAAUUUGUGGGGUGUGAGGCGGUUUGUCGAUAUUAGUUGGCCAUACUAUUUUAAAUUAAUAGUGCCACUUGCUCUUGGCAAGUUUGUUGGAUCAGUAUUCACACAUGUUAGUCUAUGGAAAGUGCCAGUUUCUUACACACAUACAGGUAAUAUAUAAUAUAUUUAAAGAAAAUAUUAUUUUUAAUUCCAUACUAUUUGUUUUUAAUAUUUUAGUAAAAGCAACCAUGCCACUGUUCAGUGUUAUUUUGUCUAGGAUAAUUCUUGGUGAAAAACAAUGUCUAAAAGUAAGAUGUUUAUAAGUUGAGAAAAAUGAUCGUCCUUAAAAUCAAAUCUAAUUUAUUUUUUUAGGUUUAUUUAUCUUUAGUUCCAAUAAUUGCUGGUGUUGCUAUAGCAUCUGUCACAGAGUUAUCAUUUGAUUUGAUAGGAUUGAUGAGUGCGUUAGCAGCUACUUUACAACACACAUUACAAAAUAUAUAUUCAAAAAAAGUACUCCGUGAUACAGGUGUUCAUCAUUUAAGACUAUUACAUAUACUUGGUCGUCUUGCAUUAUUUAUGUUUCUGCCUGUGUGGCUCUAUUUUGAUUUUUGGCAUCUAGUAACAGUUUCAAAUUUCAAUGUAAAUUUAAAUUAAUAUUAACACAUAGUAAAAAACCUCUAACUAGAUUAAUAGAAUUAUUUUAAUAAUUUUAGAUGAAUAAUGAAUCAUACAAAGUAUUGGGAUUGUUGUUGACUGAUGGAAUAUUGAGUUGGUUACAAAAUAUAUUGGCAUUUAGUGUUAUGUCAAUGGUUACUUCUUUAACAUAUGCUGUUGCUAGUUCAUCAAAACGAAUAUUUGUUGUUGCUGCAUCUUUAUUUGUAAUUGGAAAUCCAGUAACUGUAAAUAAUGUAUGUGGUAUGGCAUUGGCGUUGUUUGGUGUAAUUGCAUAUAAUAAGGUAUACAUAAAUUAUAUGAUGGAUUAUUAUUUAAUAAAAUCUUCAGUGCCGUUCCAAGGGCAGGGUAAACAGGGUACUUGCCAAGGGCCUCGCAAUUUGUGCAAACUUGGAAAAAAACAUGCAAUGUAAAUUUUGUUGAAAAUUGAUCGCUGUUUUGUUUAAAAACAUAAAAUAUUUGAACACAGUAAAAGUGAAAACGGUGUAACAGCUUAAUUAUACUAACCCACAAUAUUUUUUUUAGAAGACAAGAAUACAUUUUUAUUGCGACAUUCAAUCUUUGCGCUGUAGCCCAUAAUUGCAACAAUAUAUAAAAAAUGAUAAGAUAUUUGAUUAUUUUCGAACUACUCCUAAUAUAAUAAUUUUGAUAUUAUGUCAUUUUGUAUGUGAUCCAGCCACAAAAUAGACCUAUAAUAUCUUUCGUAGAAGCUCUUUCAAGGUAAAUUUGAAUUUUUAAGUAUUUAAAAGGUAAUUUCAUAUAAAUCAUAUUUGGUUUUGCCUAAUUUUUUUUUAAAUUGUUUACUAUCAAAAGAAAAAUAAUAUAAAUAAGGCUGUUUAAUUAGUUGUGUGUUUAUUUAUUUAUAUACUAUCAUAAACGCCAAUAGUAAGAAAUAGUACACCAAGUACUCAAAUAAAUUUGAGCUUCUUUUUUUAGGGUUGAACAUAUUUUAUUAUAGUUAAACACAAGAAACAUAGUUUAUAUGAACUAAUUGUUUUGAAGAAUGAUUAGUUACCAAAUAGAUGCUUAAUGGAGAAUUUGUAGAAAUAGCAUAACAACCUUCAAUACAUCCCUUUUGAUGUAUUUUUUCAAAAUGUUAUGAAUUCAUAGGUCUCGAUCCCAGUCUUGCCUUGGACCUCGCAAAACCUAGGGACGGCAUUGAAAUUUAUAUAUCAUUAUUUAAUAAAUAUUAAAUUACUUAUUUAAAUCAAUUUCUUCUAGGCUAAAUAUGAUGCCAGAAGAACAGAUCAAAAACGUGUAAUAUUGCCUAUGACAUAUCAACACACAGAUAGUUCUAAAUUUUGGAGCAAUGGUAAUUCAAACUCCAGUUAUAUUAAUGGAAAUAAAUCGUUAUUUAUUUAAUUUUAAUAGUACAAGACAGCUACUAUACAAUUAUGUAAAACUAUGUUUUAAUAAAACUACCUAGUAUUAUUGUUAUAUAUAUAUUUGUUACGUUUUUAACUGAAUAAUUAUUGUAUAUCAUAUUUUUAUAGUAAAUUUGGUAAUUUGUUAAAUAUUUUAUUAAUUAUGUUAAAUUUUUUUAAAACACAUUUUAAGUAUUAAAUAUAUGAUACUUUCAGUACAAUAAUGGAUAAAUCAAACAUUUUCCAUAUUUGAAUUUAUAGUAAUAAUAACAACCUAAUACUAUAAAAUUUAAUUUAUAAACAGACUAAUAAUUCGGGAUUAGUCAUUAUUUCACUGAAGGCUUUUUAUGUGGUUAUCGUUUUAAUAUUAGCCAUAUGAUAUUUAUAGAAAUUAAAAGAAAUGUUGCAGUGGUUUUUAAAAAACAUUAUUUUAUGUAUGUAUAAUUUUAUAAUGAAUUAUAAAUAUAUUUUUAUCAAUACUUAUAAAUUUUAAAACAAUUAAACUUUUGAGUUUUAAACAACAGCUCAUAAUUUAAUUUUACAUCUUUAUUUAUUGAAAAUGAUAAUUAUAAAAACCUUACAUUUAAUCAAUUAAAAUAAUAAAAUAAAAAAAUAUAUAUUUUUUUUAACAACUUCUAUUAACUUCCUCUUCAACCAAUCAAAACUUUAAAUUAAUAAAAUAAAUAAUUCAUUAGUUAGGUUUUAAAUUAAGUAUUGAAUAAUUAUAUUAAAAACAAUUUUAUAAUUUUAUACUUGUUCAUCUAAAAUUUAAAUUAUAGGUAACCAUUUGAAAAUUAAAAGUUGAUAUUGUAUUAUUACUAGAGUGUAGGUAGGUAAGUACUUGGUAUAUACUGGUGUAAUAAUUUAGUUUACAUUAAACAGUGGCGUGCACAAGUGGAGGAAGUUAUAAGUGUUAUAAAUUUAGUAAUUUAAUUUACAGUGUCCCACGGAGAUAUACCCAUUGUAAUAUCUCUGGAGAUAAUAAAAAAAAUCAAAUUCUGUUUUUUUUUUUAUUAUUUAUUGGGAUAAGCACUACAAAUAUUUAUUUAAAGAUUACAAAGUCCUUAUCCUAAUGAGUAAUAUAAAUAUAAACUCAGAAUUUAAUUAUCUUUAGUAUCUCUGGAGAUAUUACAAUGGGUAUAUCUUCAUGAAACACCCUGUGUAUUACUUGUGUAUUACUGUGUAUACUUCAUAUAUGAAAAAAAAGCCUGGUUUUAUUUAACAAACAUUUUAAUUUGUUGGAUCUGAUUUUUAAAUUCCCAUUAUCAUGUUAAUUAAGUAGUUUGGAAAAAGUUUCUUUAAUUACUAUCUCAUUUUCUGUUGAAAAUUCCUGAACAUGCCACUGAUAAUAAAUAAUAAUCAUGAAUAUAUUAUGGUUUUUGUUUUGAAGAAAAACUACUAUAGAAUAAUCAUUUUAAUUUUAUAACUAUUGUUUGGUUAAUAAAAAUUAUAAAAUAAUUUUAUUAUGCAUGAAUGUUAGUGGCCUGCCCAGGGAGGGGAGGUAGGAGUUAUAUCUCUCCCAUUGGCUUAAAAAUGUAAUAAAAUAUGAGUAAUCUAAUAUCGAAACAUAAAUUUCAGCCGAUAUUUGAGGAAAAGCUUGUUUUAAUGAUUAAAAUUGGCCAUUUUUUUGGAUCUGGCUUUCAAAUUACCAGUUCUCAUAGUCGAGUUGGGUAGAGAAGACAAUUUUAAUCUUAAUUCAUGAUUUUCAUUUGUAACAUCCCCUCCCAUUGAAAACUCAUGGGCACGCCACUGAUGAAUGUAUUAUAAAAUAAUAUGAUAAUUUUGUGUAACAAAACAUUUUUUAAACUAGAUUUUUUCUAUUUAGUACUAUUUAUGUAAUUUAAAAUGUAAAUACAGAUCAUUCUGUUAUUAUAUAUAUAUAUAUAUAUAUAUAUAUAUAAUAACAGAAUGAUCUGUAUUUACAUUUUAAAUUACAUAAAUAGUACUAAAUAGAAAAAAUCU